CACGACCUUCCACAUUCCUUGUUCCUUUCUCUAACUCCUAAACCAGCCGUUUAUGGCUUCUCUCUUCCCUUGAUCUCCUCAAUUGUUUCCUCUUUCUUUCUCCUCAUAUUCGGCUUAGAGCUCUUCCAUGAGAUUAAGCCUUGUCCCAUAGCUCCUAUAUGUUUCUAAACUUAUAGGAUGGUAAUUCUGUGAUUAUUCUGAAGUUGGUGUAAGGAAGUGGUCCUAAAGAUGCCAACAUGUAUGUUUACAUGUAUAGCAGAACAAUAGCUAACUAAUCUUACAACAGGAAACGACUUAAGGAGCGGGAAAUCAAAACGCAUAAAUAUUUUUUAUUUUUCUGUUUCUUGCCGAAGAACUCAGGAUUAGGGGGUCGAGUUGAUGGAGCUGUAAUUGGACGAAUCCAGAAAUUGAAUUCGAAAGACAUUGAUAAAAUUAGAGUAGGUUUGAUGAACAAUUAAUUUUGUACUCCAAUUGAGAAGAUGCGAAAUCGUUUAGAGGAUAUAUUAGGGGUGGAUUUAGCUGAAGCCAUGCGUGAUGUUGAGGAAGGUGGUCAUGGCUGCAAAAGGGAGCUACGGUUUAAUAGUGAAAAUGGUGUUAGUGUUGGACUUGAUUUUGAAGAUUAUGAAGAAGAAUGUGAUGGUGGUGUAGAAGUUGAGGGUGAAUUGAUUAGUAGUGAUGAAGAUGGUGAAAGAGAAUGUGAGUAUUUAGAUGAGGAUGAAAGUGAGGGAGAUGGUGAGGGAGUAGAAAACGAUGAUUUGGAAGAAGUAGAAGAGGUUGUAGGAGAUGUUGGUGCAAGUGGAUCAGGGUUUACAACUCCUAAGAGGAAUAGGGGGAUGUUGAGAUUGUUUUUAGGGAGGAGGAGGAGGAAAUACCACCCCUUGCGGUGGGCAUGGUAUUUGGUAGUUGGGAAGAAGUAGAUACCUAUUUUUGGAGAUAUGGUAGAUAGAGGGGGUUUGGUAUUGUUAGGGCUGCAGCUAGGUGAGGGAAGGUGAAGAAGGAAUUGGGAGAAGGAAGGUGUUGUAAGCAGAAAAGGAAUGCAAAGUGGACAUGUCAGUGCUACGGGAAACCUUCAAGGAAGCGUAAAGUGGAUGUUUUAAAGGAAGGUUUGGCACAUGAUGAAGAAACAGCUUUGAAGCGCUAAUCAAAUAAAUGUGGUUGUCUAGUUGAGAUGUAUACUAGUGUGAAUGAGGAUGGGAACUGGGUAAUCCGAAAGUAGAAUUUGGAGCAUGAUGGUCACAUUGUUACACCUAGAAAGGAGAAGGAUGUUUCGAUGUUUCGGUAGCAUGAGUUGGUAGAAAAGAACAGUCACUUGGUGAAGUAGGUACAAAAUGCGAAGAAGUUUAGGGUAAAAAUAUCUCAAAUGUAUAGUUCUUUUGCUCGUGAGAGCAAUGGAGUGGAGGAGAUGGCUUUUACUCAAAAGGACUUGGAGAAUGCAGUUGCGGAGAAGAAAAAACUUGAGCUUACGGAGAGCGAUGCUAAUGGGAUGAUUGAGUAUUUUAAAAAAAUGAGUUUAAACAAUCAAUUUUUUUUUAAUAUAUGUAGGUUUGGGAAGGAUGGUGCGUUGCAGGAUGUUGUAUGGGUAGAUGCGCGUAGUAGGGCAGCCUAUAAGGAGUUUUGCGAUGUAGUGUGUUUUGAUAGCACCUACUUGACUAAUAAAUUUCAUCUUCCUUUUGAUGUAUUCCUUGGGGUCAACCACCAUGGGCAAAGUAUAUUGUUUGGGUGUGCCUUAAUCUCUCGGGAGAGUGCAGACACAUAUGAGUGGGUUUUCUAAACAUGAUUGCACUACAUGGGGGGUAAAGCUCCUUUAGCUAUCCUUACUGAUCAAGAUCCUGCUAUUCGGAAAGCUAUACACAUGACAAUGCCUGAUACGUGCCACAGGUGAUGCAUAUGGCACAUUCUUCAAAAGUUUGGGAAGUACCUACGUAAGAAUGAGGACUUCGAUGCAAUAAAGGAGGAGUUGGAAAAAAAUAUCUAUGGUAGUUUGGAUGUUGAUGAAUUCGUUGAUCGUUGGGAGGAAGCAAUUUUGUACUUCGAGUUGGUAGACAAUGAGUGGCUUGAAGGGAUGUAUGAGGAGAGGUACAUGUGGAUCCCUGCCUAUUUGAAGCAUUUGUUUUGGGCGAGAAUGAAAACAACACAAAGAUCGGAAAAUUUCAACCAUUUUUUAAAGGAUAUGUUGACAGGAACACCACCUUCUCUGAGUUUGUUGUUCGGUAUUGUGAUGCUAUGUCGAUAAGAGCGGAAGCUGAAAGAAUAGCCGACUCAAACACACUGCGGUAUGUCAGGCCAGUAGUCACUGAUUUCCCAGCGUAGUUGUUGUUCCAAAAGUGCUAUAGGAUGCCAAAUUCAAAGAAGUGCAACGAGAGUGCACUAAGAUUUUGUAUUUGCGUUGCUUAGAUCAAAUCGAAAUAGGGAUUAAUAUAAUUGAGUUUGUAAUUGAGGAUUGUAUUUGGGUGAAGCCUAAAUAUGCAAGGAAAGAGGAAGUGAUGAAAGCACGGAUAUGCUAUAGGGUGUGUUUUGACAGGAUCACAUAUGAAGCCGUAUGUGAUUGUAAACACUUUGAGUGUCGGGGGAUAGUUUGUAGGCACAUGAUCCUUGUGUAUGACGUGAGUGGAGUCAGCGUUGUUCUUGAGAAGUACGUUUUGCGUCGUUUUGCGGAAGGACGUGCAACGGAAGCACGUACGAGUUAAAGUGGCGUAUCACGAUCCAUUGAAGACAGAUGAAGUGAGACAGUAUCACAAACUUAUGCGUACCUAUAAACCCAUUUGCUCCAAGGCUUCUACUUGUAAGGAAGGUAUAGAUGCUGUUGCAUAGCUUUUGCAAUUGAUGGAUGUGAGAGUUGAUGAGGUUUUCGCAAUGGUAGCCAAAAAGCGUGAAGAAGCAGCAAAGGAGAGUCCUCUAGCUGCUCACACUAAAACUGCAGCUACUACUGUUCGCACUGCCUCCUCAGUUGGACAAAACAGCAGACCUGAGGGCACAAACACACCUGAGUUUUAGGUUCAGGAAUGCCAAAGAGUAGCACACUAGGCAGUGCUUUUCCAAGGCAGCUGUGAAGGUUCAUCCCCCGGGAGGAUAAAAGACCCACUCUUGUCGAGAAAGAAGUCGCAUCGAACUACAAAUGUACGCUAUCCCUCUUGCACAGAGAAGAAGGGGAAAGAAAAGACUAAGACAAAGGAAAAAAAUGCAACAAGGGCUAGAGCAAAGAAGGCGGCAGCUGCUGCGGCUGUCCAAACACCUCUGUCAAUGUCAACUAAUGAGUACAUUCAAUCGGUUGGAGGAAUUCAAAUGAGAGAUGUUGACGGGUCAUUAGGGUACUUCACUACGCGAAGUAGAAACUCUGGUGGAGUGUUUGCAAGUUUUCUAGAAGUAACUCCAACUUACAACUGUGUGGGUACCCCAAGUUCCCUCCCCUCCUAUAAAUGUAUCAAAAAUAAUGUUUAGACUUUGUAUUUUUCAAGAUAAUUGUACCCUUGAUGUGUUUUAAUAAUUUUUAAGCAUUUC